ACGUGGUGAAAGCGGCAACAUGUCGAGCAAAAUAACUAAAGUUAUAGAAUUAAAUCCACAUCAAAAUCACCCAGUAAUACUGGACAAUUUCGAAACAUAUCUCGAACACCGGCAGCAUGAUAUGAAAUGUGUGCUAGCGCAUAACCCAUCCAAAGGCACGAAUGCGGGCGUUGGCAACUUACUGUUAGUAACGGGCGAAAAGAAAAUGUACUACGGCCAUAUCGAUGUGAAUCCUUCGGAGCCGGAGCAAGCCGAACCGUUACUACACACGUACGUAGCCAAACGUAACAAGGAAACGGGCAAGAUGCGACUGUAUGAGGUCAGAACCAGUACACUGAUGCACGUCAGUCACGACCGGCCAUCAAACAACAGUCAGCCGAGUGCUGAAAUGGAUGAACGCCGACUGUUGAACAUGCAGAGAAAGCUAAAUCCUCGAGCGGCACGGCUUGAGGAAAAGAGAAAGAAUAAUCGUAUCGAUCUGUCCGUGAUGGAGGAGAAACUGCAGAGCAUGCUGUCGGAAACGGUCGUAAAGAAUGUAGAUGAAGCAGCACCGGUCAAAAUUACGGUAAUCGAUGACGAUUUAAAGCAGGAACUGCAGGCAAAGAGGAAUCCCAAUGCGAAAACUCUGCGCGAUCUGUACAAUGCAGAACGGUUGCUUGGUACUGAUGUGUGGCGUAGUCUGACCACCGCUGCCAAAACAACGCUACAGAUGCCGGUCGAGUAUCUUUCCAUGGCUAACACCUAUCUGGAGAAUAAAGUGAAAGCUGUGAUGCAAUCGAGUGAACCAACAACAGAACCGAACCUUGCGAUCGUUCGGACGUGUCUGUACAUGGACGUCAUGGUACGGCUGAUGGGUCGCAAGGCACACAAUUUAGCCAAGCGAGGUAACAACGUUUCGCCUUUUACCAAAGUGCUGGAUGCUACAAUUAGGCAGGGCUUUCUGCAGCGCGUACGGAAGGAAUUGAAUACGCACGAUGAGGUGACGAAGUACACGCGUAAAAAAGCGCUCGUUUACUAUCUGGCACUGUUGUUUGCUCUAGAGCAACGCGAUGCAAUUGAUAUGGGCACGAUUCACAAGUCGCUCGAGAUGCCACGUAAUGAGCUGGUAAUGUACGCUUCGGUUGUCGGUGCACGGUUCAACUCUAAAGUGGAUCAAUUUGUGAUUGGAAAUGUGCAGGUGAAAACGGAGGAAGAGCAAGCUGCGGACGCGCUGGAUGCUUUCAAGACGGCUUACCGGGGUAAGCGAGGCCGUAGAAAUUGA